GUGAUCGUCAACCUUGUCCGACAUUCUGCUAAACAAGAAACCAAAUCUUAAAGCAUUAUUUUUGUAGUAAUUAUUGUAUUUUUGUUAUUGUUGCACUACCGUUAUGGAUUCAUUUACUAUUUGUGACAUGAAAAUUGUUAAAACGUUCGUAAACACCAGAGGCAUAUUUGAAGUCUGUAUAUCACCCAGUCGUGUUCUUAAGUUUUCGUCGAUUAUAUAUCCGACUUAAAAACUAAAAAUAGAUAUUUUCUUCAAAUAACUGAAAUCAGACGAAAAAAUAGACAUUUAGAUUCUCUUGACGCUGUCUUUCCCGUUUUCCUUUUUCGUUUGCAUGGGCCGUAUACGGCCCAGUGUACUGGUAAUUGUUUAACUACAAUUAAAAUAAAAUGUCAGCUCCUAGUAAUGUGAUGCUUAUUAUAGUUCGGAUAAGGUAGUCAUUUGUUUUACACGGCUUUCUAUUUGCUGUAAAAUUAGAGUUCUGUAUAUGAAGGUAUAAUUGGCCAGUGUGUAACUUCAAGAAGCAAGAAUACAUAAAGAUCGAUGCUGUGUUAUUUCUACAAAGCUCACUAAUUUUGACCACUGCCUAGAUCGUUCAAAAUAUGAUUCUAACUGAAAAGCUUUUUUAAAUAUUUGGACAGAUGUUUACUUUAUUUAUUCACAUGAACUAAAUAUUUCCUCGGAUACGUUCAACUUUCUGUCUGGUAUAAUUAACGUAAUAAAGUGGCAAGUUAGUAAUGGAAACUAGUUACUACAACUAAUGAUAACACCCAGAUCUUAUGCUUGCUACCAGCAGCAUUUUGGAAACGGUCUGUGAGUAGAACUGCUGACCAAGCCUAUUAAUCCGUCUGAAAAUGUCUUUUUUUAAAAGGAGGAUGGUCAACAUAAAAACCCAUACUCGCUCAUCAAAAUUGAGUUUGCUAACCAGUGUUUUUACGACGCUCGGACAGUUAGACGUUUAAAAUACAGUAGUCAUUUUUAAACCAUUGGUGAGAUGGUUCGUGUCUCAUUUUCAUCUGUCCCAGAUCAAACCAUAUCAUAUUAGAACAAUAAACAAGCUUUUACAACAAAUCGGUGUAUUGUAAUAAUGGUCCAAGUUUACAAGUCUUUCGUAUUUUAGAUAAUUCGUGUCUCCGUAAAGUCCUAUGUUUCCGGUUUAGAUAAUUAACACAAAGGUCUAGUUACGUCUUACUCUGAUGAAAAUCAUUAUGUAAUGACUUCAUGAAUCUAUUGUACCAGUAUGGCUAAAAUAGUUUAAUUUGUAUAAUCGAACUCUAUCGUUUGAGAUUCUCAUUCCUUACGGCUCUGUCAUGAACAGGAUCCCUGGAAAGAACAAGACCGGGAAAGACAAAAAGUAAUCCAAAUAAUCAUGCUCGUAAAGGUAUUUGUUGUUUCUUACUUAUAAUUGGUUUUUAGUAUGCCUUGUAAGUUUAGCCAGUAUUAAACAAUCAUUUACCAAAGAAGUAUUUGUGAUUAAUGUGAACUAGAUCUUUGAUCUACUUGGUAACGAUCUGGGUUCGAUAGCUCUUAUCGGUUUACUUUGUUGGUUUCCUUCACAUUUCAGGACAUUAAUGUACUUGUUUUCUUUCCCCUUUAACUGUGUCUAUUGACCUAUAAGUAGCAUUCAUCUUUGUCGGUCAAAAGGUCGUGUAUUAUUAUUAAUCACUGGUGUUCGUCACCCAAAAUGGCUAUGUUAAAUUGUUCCCAUCAGGGACGUCUACCACUCGCAUCCUUCAAAUUUUACAUGGAUAUACUGCUGGGGGAAAAUGUAUCAUAAUCUGUUUUCGUAGAUCCACAUUUCUAUGGAUGAAGAUGCUGAGUGUUUAUUUCUUUUUGUUCCUGUAUCACAGUGAAAAAGUCCUUAAAUUGCUUAUAUCCUUCAGACAGUAGUUCAUGGAACCAGAAGUAACUUAAAGGUCACAAUUAUCUUUUAUAAUCUGAUUUCAGUCCCUACCACACCUACUUUAGCUUUUCCAGCUGGUAGGUAUCAUCAUAAUAAAGAACUCAAAGCAGAGUAAAUAAACUUAUAUUUCGUUACUAUUCCAGACUAACCUAUCAACAAAGGUAGUAGGCUACUCUCCUUAUCGUCAGUUUCAUUGCCACUGGUCAGUUUUCGGCCGUUAGUAUUAAGUCGCGCACAUGAAAAUGCUUGGGUUUUUACAGCCUUUGCCACCUGUGGCACUAGAACUAUGCUCAACCACCCAUCAGAGAGGGCACGCUCCAUUAUUGUCUGCUCGGUAUUCACGUGUCAAAAAGUUUAGAUACAAGAGUUAUUCAUUAUUCGAUGAAACUAUUGAUACAGAUUUAUUCAUUUUUGUCUUCUCUUCCAUCAUGAGCUUCCGAAUUAUCAUAUCUGCUAUUCUUUGAUUUAACUAUUUCUCCAAUAAUCUCUUUGACUUAUCUUUUUUACUAUCGCUAAUACUACCGUUACCUCUAGUACUUUGUUAUUCCGGUGACUGUGGUGAUUUGGUGUGGCGAAUAUGAUCAAUAAACAUUUGUUACAGGAUUCUGAGUUAUUCCUAACUAACUGAAUGACUCUAUCUUAAAUUCGCUGAAUACGUGCAUGCUUUCCAAACCUUGUUUCGGUCCACAUGUGCUACAACAAAAACACUCAUAAGUAUGUCAUCUUCUGUAUAACGUUAUUUCACCAGAAAACGAUGAUGAUACGAUUUGGGAUGCUAUUAUUCCUCUUUCAGUCAUUAAUUGUGAUUAAGUUGUGUCUUAUAGUUCGGGUUCUUUAAAAAAAUGUAUUUUUAUAGCUUCCAUUAGAGGUAAUCCAAAGGAAGACCAUUUAAGCUGUCAGCGAUAACUAGUUGCUGAAUACGUAUCCAUCGUGGGAAAUAAAAACAUUCUGAUUCUCAAAAACCACGAAUUGCAAUGAUUCGUGAAAAUGAAAAUUAUUGUAGAAAUAUGUAUUAGGUUGAUGUAAAUGGUUUCAUUUUUGUAAAUAAAUCCAGGUCUUUUCUGUAAAGAAGACCUGUCAACUACGUUUUUGCAACUAACGUAGAUGUGCGUCAUCAAAAUAUAUUAACAUCUAAUUUAUCAAAAAACUUCUACCCAGUGAUGUUAGUUGUAAUGAGGGUUUAUCGGUUAACAACCUUUGAUCAUAUUUUUAAACUCCUUAAUCAAAUUUAUCGGUGUACUGAAGAUUCCUUGAUUUCCUAUUUUUUGUUACGUAAUUCAUUUUGUUUGUGAAUGCGGAACCAAUAAAUUGCUUUACGUUGUCAGAUUAUCGAGGUUUCAAAGUACUACAGGAAUAAUGUCCACACAUUUGUUUUUUCAUUUGUGAGUACUUUCGACUGUUGCCCGCUACGAAGUCACAACAUUUUUCGAGUCUGUACUUUGUAUAAUUAAAUGGAAAUCGCAGUAACUAUUUUGUGUGCUAAUCGAGAUUGUUUCUAACACAUAUGUGCUAUCAUAAUUUUCUUAUACCUUACUUGUGGUGUGCAACUAGUUAUCGUUUCUUUACUUAAGUUGAGUGCAUGAUAGUACCAUAAUCGCCAAAAAACUUGGUAUAUCAUAUCAAAAUGAUGACUAUCCGUCUGAGUACCCAUGGGUGGUGUGUGCUGAUUAUAAGCAUUUUGGUUAUCUUUCUGUACUAUCUGUCGUCAUUUAAUCCUAUCGGACAUCUUAAAGGGGAAGUUACCAGUGUUCGAAGAUUGUUAACUCACUGCAUACAUCUUUCCGAAGAAGCUGGUGGUCUUAUAAAAUUUAUUAGUUUGAAGCAUAGCCUUAAUUCACGUACCAAACACGGGGGUAUGCUGAAGCGAGAGCCUCUGACAGAUGCGGACCUGGGAUCUCAUCAAAUAAUCGUGUCGGGUUUGACCUCGGCUUUUCCAGAGCUACUAGUUCGCUCCGAAGAGCAUGAAUUACCAACACACCGUCUGUUUGAUUAUAAAGAAAGUGUUUAUCAUUCGGAUUUUCAAAGUUCUCUUCCUAAUGAUGAUCUUUUUGUGCCUAUUACAGAUUUGGUAAUAUGGGUAGAUCCCUUAGAUGGAACUCAAGAGUAUACAGGAUUAUUGAACUAAAGUUGUGGCUAAAUGUCUACUCUGCAAUGUCAUUGCAGAAGAAUUUACUUUUCGGAGCAUCACAAUAUCUGAAAAUAGACGUUUAAAGUCAAGUUUUUAGAAUGAUCUCAUUACUUUUUUCGUUCGCUUAGUAAAUAAGCGUUUAUCAAUCUUUCAGUCACUUCAUAUAUUCUCGCUUUAGUAAAAGAUAUUGUGUUUAUUGUUUAUUGAACUGUCAAACUGUAAUUAACCUUAAUGCACUUCAUUUUUAUCUCUUUCUUAAAAAAACAAUUUGUAGUCUUUGAGGUUUAAAAUUGUCAUAAUUUUAGGAGUAUUGUUGUUUUUAUGCUUGUCUAUGACAUUUUUAAUGUAGUCCCAACAUGUAUGCUACAAUCAUUGAUUAUGGGUCUUCUUUGGUACGUUUCAAACACAAUUUAUCGAUUCUCCCAAACUCCCUUUUUUACAUUAUUACAAAAUAUUUCUUCGUGAUUCUCACCUGUAGUUACUUCGGGUUAAGGAAUCCGGUCGUACUCAGCACUAAAGCAUGGAUCACAAGAAUCUCCUUCAUUCGAUUAGUUCAUUUUAAUGAUCCCGUCUGCUUUUAAAAAGUUUAUAUGAAGUAUAUAAGGCUGUUAGAUAAUAAGACUAGGAAAUGGAUUGUGUCUCAGUCAGUCAGUCAGUAACAACGUAGAACUUCGUACGUACGUACAUCAGUUCGAGUUGCCACACCACAUUGGCACAGAGAUGCAGUUGUCGAUUCAAAUCCCGUAGUGGUAGAGAUAAUAAGAGUAUGAGCAGUAAUCAGAAAAACUAGUGUUUGGAGAUGUUAUUUAAAAAGUAUAAUACAGUGAAAUAAAUUUGGGAAGAGAAAAAAAAGAGACAAGGAGGAAUAAGGAGAUCAAAAUUUGGGAGAACACAAAGAGUGGAUGCACCUGCGCCAUUGCAAACCAUUUUGAGCCAUGUCAUUCAGGGUCUCUAUUCAUCGGUUGCUAUCAUCUCGCAGUCCCCAACCAGGUAGUCUACACCUACCAACAUGAUUCAGUCCACUUGUCAGUGACUUUAUGGAAUUGUGCCAUGUUUUGGUCUGGCCGCGCCUAGCUUUCUUACAACCUACUCCUAUACCACUGAACAUAGCACGUCGAGGCAGUCGGUUGUUGGGCAUACGUAACACGUGUCCCAGCCAUCUCAGCUGAUGAAGUUUCACUACUUCAUCAAUUGAUUUGCCAUCCUUACCUAGUACCCGUUUCCUAACAACUGCGUUACUUACUCGAUGGUCCCAUGAUAUACGAGCAAUAUUUCGAAGACACCUAUGAUCAAAUACUAGUAACCUACGAAUAUCCUCUACUCUUACCGGCCAUGUUUCACUGCCAUAAAGUAGGACGGAACGAACUGCUGCACAAUAAACACGUCCUUUGGUUGAUAGACGGAUAUCUCGCCUACACCAUAAAUGACACAAGUUGGCAAAACUAGUCGAGCCUUCUGUAUCCGUGCUGAGAUUUCGUCACACACCAGACCACAAGGGCUGAUGAGACUUCCAAGAUAAGUGAAGCGAUCGACAUGCUCAAUUACUUCACUCCCUAUCAUUAGUUCGGGUGUCAAUGCAACCCAAUCCUGAAGCAACAUUUUGCAUUUUGAGGGGGAGAAUCGCAUCCCAAGCAUGCUUGCAUUGUUGCUUAGAGUGGUCAUAAGACUGCAUUUGUCAGCGUCUUCACCAAAUAAAACUAUGUCAUCUGCAUAUUCUAAGUCAACAAGUGAACCUCCCGGUAGAAGUUCAACCCCUGGAAAUUUAGAUGAGGAGUGUUAUCUCUAAAAGUACGUCGACGACAAAGUUGAACAAGAAUGGAGAGAGUGGACAGCCCUGACGAACACCACUUGAGGUAAUCAAUUUUGAUGACAGUUCGCCAUAAGUUCUCACUCGACCAGUUGUGUUCGAGUAGAGAGCCUUUAUAAGGUUAAUGUACUUCUUUGGUACUCCUUUCAGUGACAAACACUGCCAUAGAACCUCACGAUCAACAGAGUCGAAUGCCGUCUUAAGGUCGAGAAACACUACGAUUGUGGGGCGCGUGGACGUGUGUCUGUGUUCUAGAACCUGACGUAGUGUGAAUAUCUGGUUUAUACAACCACGUCCAGGUCGAAAACCAGCCUGAUUUUCUCUAGUCCGCUCUUCACGAGCUUUGGUUAGGCGUCGAAGUAUUAUUGAAGCUAAUAUUUUAGACACUAUAUUAGUCAAACUGAUUCCUCUGUGAUUGUCACAAGAGGACUUUUGUCCUUUCUUAUAGACUGGCACAAUCAGUGAUUGAGACCAGUCAGAUGGGAUUAUGUCCAGUUCCCAAAUUCUAUCUAAGACCUCAGUUAAUCUCACUGUUAAUACUGAACCACCAUCCUUAAUAAUCUCAGGAGUAAACCUGUCAGGGCCUGCUGCUCUCCCUCGUUUCAGAUUUCCUAUGGCUUUUUCAACUUCGUAAAGGGACGGAGGACCUACAUUAUCUUGCCAUUCAGGUUGACUAGAGAUCGUGGGAAACCGAAGUGUGGCUGAAGGCCAGUUGAACUGAUCCCUAAAGUGUUCUGCCCAUCGAUCCAAUCUCCUGGAUUGAGAAUGAAUAAUAUAUCCAUCUUUCUCUGAGAUUGUUUCGCUAACGGUCGGGUUCCUAAUUCCGGUUUCCUUAACGAGUCUGAACAAUUGUCUGCUAUUACCUAUUGCCGCUGCCUUUUCCAUCUCUCUUGCUUUCGCCACCCACCACUGUUCGCGAUCAUUGCGUAGACUUCUUGUCAGCUUGCGCUUAAGCUGACUCAGCUUUUCAUUAUGUUCAGAGCCAGGUGGAAUGAGUUUCCGAGCAUCUAUCAGUACGAUAGAUGCUGCUGAGAUCCAGUGUUGCUCCUCAACCCUACGGGUUACCUUACUAGCAGAUAUCACUGCUGUUUCCACAGCUUUUUGGAUAUCAUUCCAUGCUGCCUCUGGUUGGGCAUUACAUACAUGGUUGCCUAACUGUUUUCCUAGUUGUUCCUGAAAUAUACUCUUAGCUUGACUAUCAUUAAGUAGGCCCCUAAGAGGUUUCCUUGCAGCGUCUUUCCUACGUCCAGUAAGACGCAGACAGAUGCGCGCUCGUACUAGAGCAUGAUCUGAAUCUAAGCAUGUGCUCCAGAAUGAGCGACAGCCUUCUAUCGAGCUCCUCCAUCGGUGGCUGAUAGCGGUGUGAUCUAUUUGGGUCCAACGUUGAGACGAAUUAGGGGGAUUGUGUCUCACUUUUUGAAAUUCAUCAAUUGAGUCUUUGGUUAUAUCUUAACCUAAGUAAGUGUCCUGUAUUUUUUUAUAAUAAAUCCCUUUUUCGUAUUUAUGACAUAAGAAUACGUUCUGAAUUUCCCGUUGAACACUUAGUUGAAUGUGGUACUGAAUCACAAUCAUUUACAGAGUAAGAUCACUAAUACUUAUUUGUUGUUUGUAAUAAAAUUUUUAACGUGACUGUCAUUAUGCUACGAUAUACGCUGUAAAUUUAUACCACGUAGCAUGUCACUUUACGUACACUGAUAUCUUUGGAGUUCCCAUCUUCACUUAAGAAAUUGUCUACCAAAAUGACACACUCUCAUCUGUCUUAUUUUAUUGUGAUUGAUAAGAGUUGUUCAAAACUUAAAUGUAAAAAAACAAUUUCAACUAACAAGUCAAUUGUUCCUAAAAUUCUUUCACCAGUUUUCAGAGAACCGGUUACAAAAGCUUAUCGAACAGAAACUGAAUUGUGUACUUUUUUUCUCAGCAACAUAUGGUACUAUAGAAUGUGUUGCAAAAUGUCAAAGUUUCUGAGUAUAGUUAAUGGUAAUGACUGCAAGUUUAAUAUUGGAAGACAUUAUAUUAAUUCUCAUUAGAAUCAAUCGCUUUUGUAAUUUUUAAGGGUAGUGAAUAUUAAGACUACAUCGCAGUAAUAGUUCUUUUAUUUGAUAAACUAUAUUUAUUGACCAAAAGAUUUUCACCAGCACAGAUGACAGCCAGCCAACGGUUUUUUUUAAGCUAUAUUGCGUUAAUUAUUUUAAUAAUUGAUUAUCUAAGCGUAGAAUACUCUGGUAUUGAUUUUAUUCGUAACUAUAGUACUUUGCUGUGAGCAUACUUCAAUCCAAGUAAUUCGGUGUGAUUCCUCUUUGCAUAGAAAGCCUUUUACAUAGGCAUUUUAGAUUCAGAUGGUUUGUUGAAUUAGUUUCACCAGAAAGUACUUCGCCUUUAGUGAAACGAUGAUUUCUUUUCGUUUCUUAGAUGAGUUAAUCAGAAUUAACCAUGUGAUUCGUCAUAUAGAAACCUAACUGAGCUGAAUGGGUAAGAAUGACGCAAUGUUUGAAUGAACUACAAUAUGCAUGACUCAAUUACCAACUGACAUAGAAGGUAGAAAAAUACGUAUUCUAGUACAAGGAGCUCUAUUAAUCACUUUUAUACAAUCCAUAGAUGUUUGUGUCCUUCCUCUGGUUAACAGAAUGAUGUGGAUUGACCUCCCUCCAGCCAAUCACAGUAUCGUGAGUGUGAGCGCACCAGUUACUUUUCCGCAUCUUUACCUUUUUUGUUUAUGUAUAUAUCUGAUUAAUAUAUGUGCCAUGUAACUAUUUCUCACAGUUUAUUUUGUCUUAUUUCUGAAUGUGCUAUGGUAGAAGGCUUAAAUGAAUAUGUUAGCGUCAUGAUAUGUAUUGUACUUCAUGAUCACCCAAUAGCUGGUAUUAUCCAUCAGCCAUUUCUUAACAAAACAUGCUUAAAGUUACUUAUAUAUAGCUCAAAAGCCCAUGGUAAUCGAAAACAACGAAACAAUCUUAAUUUUGUGAAGAAAAUUAACCGUGUCGGGUGUGGUAAAAAAACGCUGAAAAUAUUUAUUUCAUCCCCUUCGGAAUUACGUACGAUUGUUUUAAUAGAGCGCAAUAGAAAACUACAUUAGUAUGUCUGUCAGCUUCUGUUUUUUAUGCACUUUUAAUAACUUAUCAAGCCACUGAGUUGUGAUUAUGACUUCAUUCAAACAUUCAUAAUAGUCCGACAGAUACGAACCAAACUUUAACAUCUCCACUUUAACCAGUUGAUCUGAACCUUCCGCUACGUGUAGUUUCAUUUUACCUAUGAAGUAACUGUCGUUACUGUUAUAUCCCAGCGAAGAUUAAAUUACGAGUAACUUCUGAGAACUAUUAGUGGACUAAUAUUAUAUAUAUUCUUAGUGUAUAACUAGAUUGUGUAUAUUUAUAUUCCUCCUGUUAUGAGCUUCAUUUCGACCUAUAGGUUACUAUUAUACGAUUUACUAUCCUUAAAUUAUGCUCAGCUUAUUGAUUAUUGUCUCCAACGUUCGCAGCCACUUUUGGCUUGACCAAUAAAGACUCUAGGUUGCUCAUACCGGUCGAACGUCAUUGGUUUCGCACAGUACUAAGACUGAAUAAGUCGUAUUUCAAUUGGCGAAUAAAUCACGUGAUAAUAAACCGGCCUUAAAGUCACAAAAGUUACUCCUUAAAUUAGCCCUAUAAACAAACUUCUGAGUAGUGGUGUUCAAGCAUCCGGUAGACUUGCCUUUGUCGGUAUUUACUUCUCAGAGGUCCACAAAAUUAUUUGAUUGGCAUAGCGACAAACGAGUUGGUUUAACUAUUUUCCUAAGCACCAUCCCAAAUAUUCCAUUUAUUUCGGAAAAUUUCUAUUAAACAGAUCGUACAUACUAUUUACACAAUAACCAGACAUUCAUCUGCUUGCUAAUCUUCUAAUAAUGAACAACAUUGCGAAAAUUUUUAUGACUGGAUUAUCUGACGUUAAAUAUAAGUCUAUCGGAAGACACCAUUGUAAUUAUUUUUAAGGCUUAGUCGUAAUCUUGAGGGAACUGCUAUGCUUUAUGGGAUUCGAAGUAGUCUAACUUCCUGAGAACCUGCCACUGAUCUUCUUGGGCCGUCAUUGACUCCCUGCAGAACUGAGGCAUUUACACCAGUAUUUCUGAAUACGACAUUACACUAAUCCAUGGUGCUGGUGAUAUUUUAUUCAUCGGGUUAUAAUUUAGCCAUUAGUCUUAUCAACGCAGAUUCUCGUGUACCACGUUUCAGAUUAAGGUGGUUACGUUUGAGCGUCAUCAACCAUGACUCUUUUCCAUCAUACAUUCACUAAUGAAAAGUCGUUAUAUUGAUUUGUCCCACUUCAAACGGUGUUCGUCCAACUUCAUUACUUUUAUUUUGUUACAGUAUCUUUUAUGGAUAACACUCGUCAACGGAAGUUGAUUUUCCACUAGGAGAUCUACUAGUUGAACUAGAAUACGCAGGUGAUACGGUUCUGCGUAGUUAAGUCGUUAAUAAGGUGCAGUCUUCUGACCGCCUUGAGUAACAAUUUAAUCUUGUUCAAUGUGGGAUUCUCUUCCCCUUAAUGCAUAGUGUAGAUUCAGCACUCUCCUGAAUUGACGACAUUGCAUGAAAUAGUCGAGCGUAUCAACCGCCUCACUUAUCUUGAAAGUCUCAUCAGUCCUGAUGACCUGGUACAUGACGAAAUCCCGGCGCAGAUUUAUAAACUUCGGUUGACUUUGACCAACUUGUGGCACAGGUGGUAUAUCCGUCUACCAACCAAAGGACUAGUUUACUGUGUAGAAGUUUGCUCCAUCCUAAUUUAUGGGCAUGAAUUGUAGCCAUUGGGAAUAGAGAAUAGUGGUAUUUUGCCAGUGUUUGAUCGUAGGUGUUGUCAAAACCACUCGUGUGUUCUUGAACCAUGUAGUCGGUAAUUCUACCGUUAAACAUAUGAUGCUAUGUAAAUAUAACAGGUCAGUUGAUGAUGUAGAUCUUCAUCACUUGAGGUACUUAUUAAGUAUGCCUAACUAACUCUUCCCUCAGCAGGGGAUCUCUGGUGUAGGAAGUAGGCUGUACGCAAAAAUAGGGUGGCAAAAACAAGACAUAGCACCAGUCCAUGAAGUUAUUAACCGUUGGACUGAGCUGUGCAGAUAAGUGUAGACAGUAUGCUUGGGAUCAGCGCGAAUAUCGAAACUGUUAUGACCUUGGAUGUCUUGUUUUGCUACCACGCGACCUAUCGACCAAUCCGGAUACGACUUAUACGGAUCUUUACACUAGGCCAACCAAUGACGUUCAACCGGUGCGGGCAGUCUAGCGUCCUUACUGGUCCUAUGUCCUCCGAGCCCUUCCACUUGAGUCCAGAACACAAUACCAGCUUCGAAUCAGAGCAGAUCGUUUAUUUCAAACAUACUCGGUUUAUAUAUCAACCAGACAGACCACAAUGCACCAUAAAUUAGAAAAUAACAUGUGUACACAAAUAAGCCAAAAAGUGGCUGUGCACGAGGGGGACAGUGAAUAAUAGACUGAGCAUAGAUUAAGAACCGUAAAUCGUAUAAUAAUAAAUUAUAGGUCAAAAUAAAGCUUAUAAUAAGAGGAAUAUAAAUAUACGUAAUAUAAUUGUUGAAUAAUUAUACAAUAAGAAUAUUUAUAGAAUAUUAGUCCAUUAAUAGUCCUCGGGAGUUACCUGUAAUUUAAUCUCCACUCGGAUAUAACAGAAACCAAUUGUUAAAUGACAUGGAUCCAAAUCAUCCGCAAGUACACCGGCGUACCCAUUCCUUAUCUUUCUUCAGACUCCAGAUCUCCAAAUUCCUUACAUAUUUUUCUUAUUUCACUGAUUCAUCUGUUCUUAGGUCAUAUCUUGGAUGCUUAAUCUUUCCUGUUAUCACUGAUACUUUUACUAAUUUGGGAUUUACCCCAACAAUUACAUCUCGCUGUGUUCAUUGGUUAUGGCAACCUGAUCUGAUGUACACACAUACCUGGUACUACGUUGCGUCCGAUUGAUUGUACUUUAGCUGCUGACGUGUUUACCUAUAUUCUGGAAGUAAAGAUAAACCAUAACCAUUGACUGUUUUGAAUUUGUGUUGGAAUUCCCAUUUCGAUAUCCUAGUUACCCUGACGUAAUAGUCAUUCUAAACCCUUUUUUUUUUAUUUAAUUUAGUCGGAACGUUAGACAUUUGUAAUGAUUUAUCAUCAUCAUAAAUGAAUAGGAGUACUUUUGAAAGUUUCGGUGGAAGUAUUUUUAAUUGUUCAAUUAUUAAGUGUUGUAGUACGUCACUACACUUGGAAUUUCGAAAUGAAUUUUUAGGUUGGAUUGUUUGCAGUUUAAUAAUAAACAUCGUCCUUAACUGAGCUUGAACCAAAAGGCCGUACCAUUUUCUGUACUAAUCAAACGAACGCUCUGAGAAACAGCUUUCGGCUUGGUGGAUAAACGAUAUUCAUCUUUCAGACCUUUAUCACAAUAGCUACUCAGAAAUUAGAUUUCGUACAAAUAUACGUUAAGAAACUGGUUGAUAAUUAAUUAUCUCAUAAUGCAUAGUCGUCAAUUAAUUUUGACUGACUCAAAGCUACUCUAUCACCUUGAUUACCUAAAUUAUAUAGAGUGAGAUUCAAAAUGGUUAAAGGUUCUCCAUGAAUUUUGAUUUAGAAUGCUCUGCUUAUCUUGUUUGAUUUCAGAUAAUUAUGUUACGUUAAACUAAUUUUGAUUUUGGGAUUUGUUCAAUGAAACUUAUCCUGAAUAGUUAUCUAAUGUUUUAAUAAGUUGAUAAAUAUUAUUUUAAGACUUCAACGUAGUCAAUGUAUUGUAUGACCAUACAAAUAUAUUAAAUACUUUUAGGAACAGUCACGACUAUCAAAAGUAACAUGAAUACGUUCUCAUGACCAUAUGAAUUUGUGAAACACUGGUGCGAAAUGAAGUAAAUUAUACUUUUAAAGUAUGUAACAUAGUAUUUUAGUAACUUCCAGCUUACAUGUGUGUUUCUUACGUAGGCUUUAAAGCUAUCAGUCUUAUCAAAGGAGAUGCAGAUGUGUAUAUUCACCCAUCAACUACACGUCGAUGGGAUGUUUGUGCACCACAAGCAAUCUUGGAAUCUGUCGGUGGUCGUCUUACCGGACUGCAUGGUUCUCCUCUUGGAUUUGGCUCAAAAUCUUCUCCAGGUAUACAAAGCGAAAUGGGCCUCUUCGCCGCUGCAGAUCGUGUGUUGUAUGAUAGGUGGAAUACCAAAAUUUCCGAUUUCUUUAAAACCUGAAGUUGAAUCUCAUUUCCCUACAUAAUAUCCGAAGUUGUUUCAUAUCUUUUCUAUUCGGGAAAUUAUGCGGUAAGCAUCACCAAUUGUAAAACAUAUUAUCAACAUUACACCAAUAUAAUUCAUCUGUUUUUCCAAUCGACUCUUGUGUUUCACGACGAUAUACAUUGCUACGAUGAUAGUUUGAUACAUAUUUUCAUAAAACAAAUAUAUCUAAUAAAAUCCGUUCUCUUGUGCAUUCCUCUUACUAUAUACUAGAAAAUGAUGCAUUUGUUGUCAAGCUAUAGGCUUUAUAAACUAUGUUAAAAGGAAACAAGUAAGCUUGAUCUAUCCCUCCGAACUUUCAUAACUUGAAAAUAAACAGCUUAUGUCACGGAACUUGAAAAUACAUAACAACAAACGAUUUUGAAUGAAGUAACCGUAAGUAAAACCGUUGUCUGCAGAUCUCCAAUGCAGCGGUCUCGCAUAUCAGGCUAUAGCACUAAGUUCACAAUCAGAACAAGUUUUCUUGAACUGGACUCUGACAGACAGUCGCUUUUGUGCUGUCCGACUAAACGGGACAAAACCUCGAUAAUAUGAGGGCAUACCGUUGCCUCUGCCUACGCUUUGGAUCAAGGAGAAGGUGAGUUUCAUGGAAAGCCUUCCGACCUCCAAAAAGCCAAACGCUCAGAUAUAGUCCUGGUGGGAGGUAAUUGUUAUUUUUAGGUAGAUAGUUUAAAUCAAACUGAAAGUCAGUUAGGUGGGUCUUACGGUAUUGCGGCUCGCAGAACAGAUAACGACAAACGGAUGCAGUAAUUACGCACAAAUAGCAGCUUGGUUAUAACAAGCGCCAACUUUAAACACCAUCUGAUACGGCGACCUCACAAUCGGAUCAGCGAUGGACGCAAAUAGACCACAUCGCCAUCAGACGUCGUUGGAGGGGAUCAACAGUAGGCUGUCGACCGUACUGGGACGCAUGUUUAGACUGGAGUCGCAGUCUAGUGCGAGCACGUAUUUAGCUGCAUCUUACUGGACGUAGGAAAGGCACAACAAAACCCCUGAGGUUCAACUUAAUGAACAUAUUUCAGGAACAACUAGUCAAUCAUGAGUGAUAUUCAUUCCGAGGCAGUCGGACAUGGUGCUCAAACAGCUGUGAUACCUACCAGUAACUUGGGCCAGAACGUGAAGAGAUAUCAAUGGAUUUCAGCAGCGCCCACUGAACUGAUGGAUGCUCGAGAAUUCAUCACGUCUUGGCCUGAACACAAUAAGGAGCGUAGGCAGCUUAAACUCAGCCCGAUAAAAAGCCUACGCAAUGGUCACCUAAGGUUAUUGGUACGCAUUGAGUAUGUCCAACUACCGCUUCCUUCAACAGGGAUGUCUGGUGUAGGAAUAGAAUGUGAGAGACCGGUGGGAGGUGAAACUAAGACACGGCACCAGUCCAUGGAGUCAUUGACCAUUGGGCUGAGCUAUGCAGAUAAGUGUAGACAGCACGGUUGGAAUCCGCGAAUAUCGAAACCAACUGUUAGAGAUUUUGGUUGACAUGGUCCAGAAUCUUCGCAAUAACGUAGGUGGAUUCACUCAUUUCCUAAAACCUGAGUCCCAAAAUCUCGAUACAUUUUCUUUUUUCUAUACCUGAUCUUCUCAAUUGCUACUCCCAGUACUCUGGGAUUUGUCCUGAAAUGAUCUUAUUGCAGUGUGGUGAUGCGGUCUGGUAAAGCAAACCGAUAAUGAUGUGUCUACUAGUGUCGUGUAAAAUCGGCUUCUUAUUUAACAAUUUAAGCAUAUAAAAUCGGGCACCAAAAGUAGAGCAUGUCUCAAGGCUCCUGAUCAGGCAGAAAAAUCGAAGAUCUCUAAAUAACUUCUGGUUGGAUGACUUUAUUCUGAGUCACUGGAAGUAAAAUGAAAGCCUGUCUGCCAAGAAAUUGAUCAAAGUUAUCAUAACUAGAAGAUAAGAGCAAGCGUUGCCAAUUACCCGAAAACAACCAGAUUGUCCUCUUGUCCAUCAAGUGAAACAAGUUUCGAGUGAUGGAAAAGAAAGUAGUUGAUAUGAAAUUAGUAGUACUUGACUUUACGUAGGUUAGUGCUAUCUAAUCUUGAACUCAAUAGUAGAUUAGUACUUCUCGAUCUCAGUCAGUACAGAGUGGUACGUAUAGGUGUGUGCAGUUUAAUUAUAAGCAGGUAUAAUUACCGGGACUCUGAAUCUUCAAUCUGACGGUUCAUUCAUGGAAUUAAGGGAUUUGGGCUACAAUCCCUGUGGUAGUGUUGCGCGAUACUGCACUUGAAUGCUAGAUCUUAAGUUAUGAAUACAUUGCCAAAACUCGGAAAGCUAUAUGGUGCAGUUAAGCGACGGAUUAGCUUAAGGUAAUGUUUCAAUUAUCUAUAUCCUCAACAUAAUUUAAAUUGACUUACUCAAUUAAUUUGGUUAGUGAGUCAAGCUCUCUUGCGAGUUGAUUAGGUCGGACUACGUACUCGUUCUAGAUUGUCCAAAAUAUAGAGUCCGACAACAGCCAUCUAACAUUUAAUUGGGUAGGCAUCUUCUGAGAAAUGGUGUCAGGGUUUCCGUUAGAUUUAUCCCAAUUUAAGACAAAGGACUAGUGACUCGAGCUUCUUGUCAUUAUCAAAAGCUGACAUAUCACCGUAAGCAAUCAACGCGAAUGAGUUCGUGCACAGUCCAGGCACUACCUGACAAGGUACGGAGCCACGUGCUCUUUGCCACAACGGUUGUACAAACGUCCAAAACCCCGAAUAGACCCAGAGCAUGCCAUCAUUAGAACUGUAUAUGCCGAAAACUGAGAUGUACCAAGCACAGUCUUCCGUAAUCCCCACUUAGCCAGUGGCUCAGUGAUGGGCAUAUAGCCCUUGAUACAUAUAUGACACUGCACGGAGCCUCUGUUCCGAUCGCUAGUUAGGGACCUAGUGUAGAGUUAGCAACCCCACCUCGAGAGGAAAAUUCUAAGGAGAAGGACACGCAGAAAAACCAUCCACACCACUCAACCUGUGCCCUGAGAAUUGAAGGGUCUUAAUAUGGAACUUGUAACAUUUCAUGGUAAGAGCAGAGUCUUUGAGGACCAUAGGCCCUAUACCUCGUUUGGCAACUAGAGCAAAGGUAAAUGUAUACACUAAAUGUACAGAGAAUUUGGGAAGGUCAAUCAAACAGCGGCGGAAAUGAAGAUAAAACCUGAUUCUGCUUGGAAUAGGUGGAACCUACUGAACACAAUCUGGACGGAAAGGGACGACUCGAGGAAUUAUCAUUGUAUUUCGGUUACGAUGAAGAAAUUGCUCUACACAAGGAGUUGCAUGUUUGCUCUUCAAAGAAGCACGGAAGGUGCUUACAUGAUGAGAAGUCCAUGAGUGUUGAUGUGUAGAACUAAGAGGACCUGGAUUACAACUUAGUCUGGCAAAUUUCCAUUCACACAAAUACUCUGAUGAGUCUUAGGUUUACUGCCAACCCAAACUCUUGGUACUGUAACAAGAUAUCUACAUAAACAUCCGUUCCUGUACAAACUAGGGCACCUGCAGUCAACUAAACAACGGACAAAACUUAUGUUCGCAUAAAUUAGUAGAAAAUCAUACAUGACACUGUCGAAUGACUACCUAACGCGAAGUCAAAACCCAAAUAGCAGACAACUUAACCGGUUACAUGAUAGGGAUCAAUGGUUCAAACAACCUCCUUAGUGUCCAUGCCUAAUGUUCAACCAUAGAAUAACCGAGUCUACUUGCAAUUCAUAAAGCUGUACGCAACAAAUGAACAAGGUAUGGUUGCCAGAUUUAUUGCAAAUGACACGAACUGAGAUCAGUUAAUAUAUCAAGUCAAGUGUACAGCCAUCUGUAUCAGGAGUUCGAUAUUGUGACAAUAUAUGAAAAACCCGAAUUCAUGUACUACGGUAUCCACAGAAAGACAACAAAUGAAUAUGCAAAACUCGGCAUUUUUGUGCAAAACGAAGCUUCAUCACCCAGACCCCAUUCUGUUGAACGCGUUGGCGGCAUCUGUGGUCGGUGACAGUCACCACUUACAGUAUAUUUGGUCUUCUUGGUUUCUUGCAGGCGGAAUAUUCUCUGCUUUUCUUGGAACUGCAUUUCCCAUAAGGAUAUUAUUAAUUUUGAGUUGUGGCAACUGAUGGUGUACGAUAGGUUUGGAUGUCACAAGUUUGUCGGGACUAGUCAGAUGCAUAUUUCUGAUACGACAGUAUUGAGAUGCUUUGUGUAUUUCAGACGCUUACAUAUCUAUUCCUUGGCCAGUACUUAGGUAUUGACAAACCAUUUAUCAUCGUUAUGAUUAGAUUUUUGACUGUGAACUGAAUAAAAAACAGAAGCUUAUAGAAGAGUUUGUAGGCCUAGUGAGACCUCUCUGAGUCCUGGCCAAAUCAUCCAUCAAUCUGAACCAUUUCUAAGUCUGAUCACUGAACUUCGAAUAGUUUGUUGAAAUUGUCAAUGCUAAGAAUGACUAGCGUAAGACAGUGAGCUUGCACGCCAUGAAUCGCCCCACUUACUUCUCUAAUCCGUCCUAUCUAAUAAAGUAAAUCACUUCAGUAAGACUCUACUUGUUUUGUGCAGUUGUAACAGCCGAAGUUAGGUAGUAAAGAGUUGACUAGUAGUCUCUUAUUAGAAUCGAAACAUUAGAGACAUAAUUUGGUCAUUUAAUUUCGCAUUUUAUUUAAGUAUGACACUUCUCAUUUUGUUCUAUUAAAUAAUGAAAUUAUCAGAAGAGGUUUUUUGGAGAUUUUAGAAAUUUUAAUAGGCGAAGUCAUGUGUCAAGUGGAGCUAGACCACCAUGAAAAACCUGGAAGCACC